AGGGAGGGGCAGAGAGAGAGGGAGACAAAGAAUCCAAAGUAGGCUCCAGGCCCUGAGCUAUCAGCACAGAGCCCAAAUCAGGGCUGGAACCCAUGGACUCAGAGGUCAUUACCAGAGUCAAAGUUGAUGCUUCACCAACUGAGCCACCCAGGUGCCUUGGAAUACCAUCUUUUAAAAAAAACCUAACUGUGGGGCACUUUGUCUCUGUCUCAAAAAUAAACAUUAAAAAAUUUUUUUUAAUACAGAACUUGCACAUUAUUGAACAAAGCAUUAAAAGUCAUGUUAAAUAUUAAAAAAAAAAUUUGAGGGGUGCCUGGGUAGCUCAGUUGGUUAAGUGGCUGACUUCAGCUCAGGUCAUGACCUUGUGGCUCCCGAGUUUGAGCUCUUCAUUGGGCUCUGCUGUCAGCACAGAGCCUGCUUUGGAUCCUCUAUCUCCUUUUUUCUCUGCCCCUCCCUGUGCUUUCUUUCUCUCUCAAAAAUAAAUAGGGGUGCCUGGGUGGCUCAGUCGGUUGAGCAUCCAACUUCAGCUCAGGUCAUAAUCUCGCGGUUCUUGAGUUCAAGCCCCACGUUGGGCUCUGUGUUGACAGCUCGGAGCAUGGAGCCUGCUUCAGAUUCUUUGUCUCCCUCCCUCUCUGCCCCUCCCCUGCUUGAGCUCUGUCUCUCGCUCUCUCUUGAAGAUAAAUAAACAAUAUAAAAAAAUUUUUUUAAUAAAUAAACAUUUAAAAAAAUCUGAGAUUCUGUGACCAAACUGAGUCUUAAUGUUAAGUCAGAGGUGCCUGGCUGGCUCAGUCAGAAGAGCAUGUGAGUCUUGAUCUUGAGGUUGUGAGUUCAAACCCCACAUUGGGUGUAGAGGUUACAUAAAUAAAAUAAAUAAAUCUUUAAAAAAGUCAAGGUGCGCCUGGGUGGCUCAGUCGGUUAAGUGUCUGAUUUUGGCUCAGAUCAUGAUGCCACAGUUCCUGAGUUCGAGCCCUGCAUCUGGCUGUGUACUGACAGCUCAGAGCCUGGAGCCUGCUUCAAAUUCUGUGUCUCCCCCCUCUCUCUGCCCCUCCCCAGCUUGUGCUCUGUCUCUCUCUCAAAAAUAAACAAACAUUAAAAAAAUUAAGUCAAGUACUAAAGGAUAUAGGAUUUUAUCUCUGGAUCCACUGAUAGACUUUUUUUAGUUUAUUUGGAGAGAGAGAGCUCGUGCGGGCGCCUGAGUGGGGGAGGGGCAGAGAGAGGGAGACAGAAUCUUGAGAAGACUUGGCGCUGUCAGCACAGAGCUUGACACGGCUGGAAGGCUGGAAUUCACAAACCGUGAGAUCAUGACCUGAGCCAAAACCAUAACCAACUGAGCCACCCAGGUGCACCCCUCCCAAUCCAGCCCCAGAAUGGCACUGCCUCCCAGCCCCCUGGCUAUGGAAUACGUCAAUGACUUUGACUUGAUGAAAUUUGAGGUAAAGCGGGAACCCUCUGAGGGGCGAUCUGGCCCCCCAACAGCCUCACUGGGCUCCACACCCUACAGCUCAGUGCCUCCUUCACCCACCUUCAGUGAUCCAGGCAUGGUGGGGGCCACUGAGGCCCCCCGGCCAGGCCUGGAGGAGCUGUACUGGCUGGCCACCUUGCAGCAGCAGCUGGGGGCUGGGGAGGCACUGGGCCUGAGUCCUGAAGAGGCUGUUGAGCUGCUGCAGGGUCAGGGGCCAGUCCCUGUUGAGGGGCCCCACAGCUACUACCCAGGAAGCCCGGAGGAGACAGGAGCCCAGCAUGCCCAGCUGGCGGAGCGGUUUUCGGACGCGGCGCUGGUGUCGAUGUCUGUGCGGGAGCUAAACCGGCAGCUGCGGGGCUGCGGGCGCGACGAGGCGCUGCGGCUGAAGCAGAGGCGCCGCACGCUGAAAAACCGCGGUUACGCGCAGGCCUGCCGCUCCAAGCGGCUGCAGCAGCGGCGGGGGCUAGAGGCUGAGCGCGCCCGCCUGGCCGCCCAGCUGGACGCGCUGCGGGCCGAGGUGGCCCGUUUGGCCAGGGAGCGCGACCUCUACAAGGCCCGCUGUGACCGGCUGACCUCGAGCGGCCCCGGGGCCGGGGACCACGCCCACUUCUUCCUCUGAGUUGCUAGGGGCCGCCGAGUGGUGUAGUAGGUGGGUGGGGGACACCACCUAGAAGGCCACUUUGCCAUUCACUAGAUGGUUACUAGCGCCUUCUGGUGCCAGACACUCUGUUGUAUGACUACAUAAAUAUGCCCGAACUUCCUGGACCCUCAAGGCAUGCUCCGACGUUAGAGGCUGGUCAUUUUCUGGGAGAGAGGUCUUCGCAGGCAGGCAGCAUACACAGCCCUCCACCUCCUGUUCCGCCCCACUUGACCAGGACACUGAGAUCUGGAGGAGCCGGUGCCCUGACUGUUGUGGUGGGGGGCGGGUAAGAAGAGGCGCGGAUGAUAGCUGGGUGACAGUGAAUGGGAGGAGAGGGAGUGGUGUGACUUCCCCCUCAGUUUAGAUUUUAAUUCAAGGUUUUCAGUCUGUAGUGCAUUAAGGUGGUAAUUAGCAAUGAAGCAGUAUUUUCAUUCUGAGGCUUGUAAACACCCCAUUUUAAGACUACUGCAUUUUUCAAGAUUUCAAUCACCAACAAGACAGACUAGGAACUCUAUCCAUGAGGCUUUCAUCCUAUCCAAACCAGUGGCCUCCAGGGCCCAGAACAGCAAAGGCCUGAGGAACUGUAGGGGUGGUUGGUGCCGACUGGGAGAGAAUUCUGGGCAGGAGUCUGGAGACCUGGGUGCUAGGCCCAGCUCUGCCACAGGAUACCUCUGUCACCUUGAGAAAAUCACUUGCUCCCUGGGUUUUGGUUACCUCAUCUAAUCCUGGAUUGGAUGACUUCUGACACCUUUCCAGUUCUGGCAUCUCCUUGGUGUAGGAGCCCCAAGAGUCUUCCCAAGAACCCCCCAAGACAACCUCACCAAAGGGACUUCCUGUCCUGCUCCUGCUUCCUGAUUGCAGCCUGGGCGGUGGAUGAGCCCAUGCGCUGCUCCUCUGCUGCUCUCUCCAAGCUGCCUUGGCCUCCAGACCUGCAUAGGGUACCCUUGCUACCUCCUGCCUUGCUGAGGGCUGAGGUGAGCCUUUGCCCAGCAUGACAAGAUGCUGAAAGAGUGUGGUUUUUGUGAAUUAAACUUGAAGUUCAGGCAGAACUUUA